AUGUCAACCCGCCGCUUCAUCCAAUACGUCGCCGGAUCCAAGAACAAGCUCCCCACCGUCUACCUCCAGUGCCGCGUCAAGCCAGGAGCCAGCAAGGUCCGCGAGGGUGUGGCGGCUCUCACCGAUGACGCUGUCGAGCUCUGCGUCACUGCUGCUGCCAGAGAGGGGGAGGCCAAUAAGGCUGUUCUGGCCGUGCUGAGCGAGGUGCUAGGCGUACCGAAGUCUGAUCUCCAAAUCACUCGUGGAAUGAAAUCUAGGGACAAGACUGUUGCUGUUGGGGGCAGGGCGGUCCAGCAGGGUGAAGAGGAGUGCCUGAAGAAGCUGCUAAAGAUGCUCAGUGACGCCGUUGAUGAGGACUCUGGAUGA